AUGGAUGGUGCGAUGCCGAUGCGGGAGUCCCGAUACGCGGCCGAUGGCUCCCUCGACCCAAACGUUGAAGAGAAGUUAAACCUUGGCAUACAGUGGGGUCAUCUGCAAACUAAGAAGCGUGAGAAACGAGCCAAGAAACAACGGGACAUACUGCGUAUCCUGCUUGCUGGUUUGGCACUGAUGGUGUGUGCCGUGAUCGCUCUUGGCCUCGCACUUUACUUCACCAUAAGAGACCAGUCGUCCAACCCCAUCGAGAGUACAACAGGUGCCAUGCUGGGAACAACAUCCGGAACCUAUCUGACUACUCCAAAGGGCAUACCUCCAGGGUUUAAUACAACGGAAAUUGAAAUAAUGAUCUCACUAAACGAUCGUAACUUCACCUCAGAUCUCAACGAUAAUACAUCUAUGGCCUACGUGGAAAUAUCAAAUAAUGUUAUCAACGCUGUUGAUAAGCAGUAUGUCAACGAUACAUCUUACGUUGGAACAUCGAUAUUACGCAUAAGCCCUGGCAGCAUUCAAGUGGUCGUCAUUGUGCUGUUUCAAGUGCCGAUGGAAGAAGAAGAACGUGUUCAACUCAUAACAGUUAUAUUGUCUGAGCUUCAGAACAAUAUGAUUGAAGCAGCUAAUUCGAUCUCAAAUGAUACAUCCGUGGAAGUCAUCACAUCUGGAUGUGAGACUGAACCUUGUGCAAACGGCGGAGAGUGUACAGCGGUGGGAUCUAACUCAGUGGAAUACACGUGCACGUGUGCAGCUGGCUACAUGGGGAGCUCCUGCUUAUCAGACAUUGAUGAAUGUGCAAUUGUUGGAGCUUGUAGCAAUCGGGGAGUCUGUGAUAAUACGAUUGGAUCGUAUUCCUGUGAAUGUAUAUCAGGGUGGCAGGGAACAGACUGCGAUAAUGAUGUUGAUGAAUGCGAGAUUGAAAGUCCAUGUAGAAAUGGUGCGGUAUGUAAUAACAUACCAGGGUCAUUUGACUGCGAAUGUGCUCCCGGAUACACUGGCAGUGUUUGUGAACUUGAAAUAAACGAAUGCGAGAGCAAUCCAUGUUUAAAUGAUGGAGAAUGCGUCAAUGAAGAAGGAGCAUAUAGUUGUAGAUGCUCUGCCGGGUUUACUGGAGAUACCUGUGAGAAGAAUAUUGAUGACUGUGAUCCUAACCUAUGUGAGAACGGAGCAGCCUGUGUGGAUGGUAUCAACUCUUUCACUUGCCAGUGUGUUGACGGUUAUACUGGUUUUCAGUGUGAAUCAGAUAUUGAUGACUGUGAUCCUAACCUAUGUGAGAACGGAGCAGCCUGUGUGGAUGGUAUCAACUCUUUCACUUGCCAGUGUGUUGACGGUUAUACUGGUUUUCAGUGUGAAUCAGGUAUUUCUUAA